AAGUCAAGUUUCCUUAUAAGCUCCUCACUCUUUGGAGUAAGUUUUUUUUUUCUUUUUUUCCUCAACGAUCUAUCAAGUUUUAGCUGGUAACCUAUCUUAUUUUUAUUCGAAUCAUGACGGUUAAAUGUGAAUCGUCACCGAUGCAUGCUACCUCAAGCGGACUACUACAAGGGGAUAAUCCGCUCCAUUAUGCACUCCCUCUGGUGAUUGUACAAAUAUGCUUGGUGCUUGUACUCACUCGAGUUCUCGCCUAUAUUCUCCGCCCACUAAGACAACCGCGUGUUGUUGCUGAGAUUAUUGGAGGUAUUUUACUAGGUCCAUCCGCACUUGGACGCAACGAAAAGUAUCUACACGCGAUAUUUCCACCAAGUAGCCUCACAGUAUUGGACACAUUGGCUAACCUUGGCCUCCUAUUUUUUCUUUUUCUCGUUGGAACUGAGUUAGACCCAAGAUCUCUUCGUCGAACCGGAAAGAAAGCUCUAUGUAUUGCCUUUGCUGGAAUCACUCUCCCUUUUGUAUUAGGAAUUGGGACAUCUUUUGCUCUAAGAUCCACAAUUGCCCCAGGGGUUAACAAAGCUCCUUUUCUAGUCUUCAUGGGAGUUGCCCUUUCUAUCACUGCCUUCCCUGUCUUAGCUCGUAUUUUAGCUGAACUCAAGCUAUUGACAACUGAUGUUGGUCGAAUGGCUAUGUCCGCCGCAGCGGUUAAUGACGUGGCAGCAUGGAUUCUAUUAGCUCUUGCUAUUGCACUUUCAGGUUCAGGCUCUCCAAUUGUUUCUUUGUGGGUCCUAUUGUGUGGGACAGGUUUUAUCCUGCUUAGCAUAUUAAUUGCACCAAUUAUAUUCAAUUGGAUGGCAAAGCAAUGUCCCGAGGGAGAGCCAGUGAAUGAGUUAUAUGUGUGUGCUACAUUGGCAAUUGUUUUGGCCGCGGGAUUUGUCACUGAUGCUAUUGGAAUUCAUGCUUUAUUUGGGGCUUUUGUGGUUGGGGUUCUGGUACCAAAAGAAGGGCCAUUUGCCUGUGCUCUAGUGGAAAAAGUAGAGGAUUUAGUCACGGGGUUAUUCCUUCCAUUAUACUUUGUGUCUAGUGGAUUGAAAACAAAUGUAGCUACAAUUCAAGGAGCUCAAUCUUGGGGUCUUCUUGUUCUAGUUAUAGCUACGUCAUGUUUUGGGAAAAUUGUUGGUACUGUUUGUGUAUCUCUCUGGUGCAAGAUGUCUGUUCAAGAAUCCUUAGCUCUAGGUUUCUUGAUGAAUACUAAAGGUCUAGUGGAACUCAUUGUUCUCAACAUUGGCAAGGAUAAAGGGGUAUUGAACGAUCAAGUAUUUGCGAUAAUGGUGUUGAUGGCACUCUUCACAACAUUCAUGACAACACCACUAGUUAUAGCCACCUAUAAGCCAGCCAAAAUGGCCGUAACAGAGUACAAACACAGAACAAUAAUGAGGAAAGACACAAGCAAGCAACUCCGAAUCUUGACAUGUUUCCACGGCACAAGAAACAUUCCCACACUCAUAAAUCUCAUCGAAGCGUCUCGAGGAACGGAGAAGAAAGAAGGACUCCGCGUCUACGCGAUGCAUCUCUUGGAACUCACUGAAAGACCCUCAGCAAUUCUAAUGGUCCACAAGGCCCGAAAAAACGGACUCCCCUUAUUGAAUAAAGAUAAAGUAGGCGAAUCGAACCAAGUCAUUGUCGCUUUUGAGACAUUCGGACAACUUAGUAAGGUGUCGAUAAGACCAACCACAGCAAUCUCCGCUAUGACAAGCAUGCACGAAGACAUAAUUGCUAGCGCGGAGAGAAAAAGAGUUUCGAUGAUAAUCCUACCCUUCCACAAACAUCAAAGACUCGACGGACAUUUUGAAACGACACGUGGCAAUCUCAGAAACAUAAAUCGAAGAGUCCUUGAACACGCACCGUGUUCAGUUGCCAUUCUGAUUGACCGAGGGCUAGGUGGUGCAUCUCAUGUGUCCGCUAGUGAAGUUGACUAUACGGUCCUUGUCUUGUUUUUCGGCGGCCAUGAUGACCGCGAAGCGCUCGCUUACGGCAUGCGCGUCGCAGAACACCCUGGCAUUACAUUAAAUGUGGUCCGUUUCGUAAUCGACCCGGAGAUCGUUGGAGCGAGUGUCCACGUGGACAUUGUGGAAAACUCCGGUCCAGGACCGGAGUCAGAAGAGGACGAGAAUUUUCUGGCGGACCUAAAGCAAAAAUCAAGCGGUGACGAUUCUAUUGUUUUCGAGGAAAGUAUUGUGAAGGAUGUCACGGAAACUAUAGAAGCUAUUCGCGCGUAUAAAAAGUGUAAUUUGUUUAUAGUUGGGAGGAUGUCGGAGGGACAAUUGGUUUCGGCAUUUGAUACAAAGAGUCAUGAUUGUCCAGAAUUAGGGCCAUUGGGAAAUUUGUUGAUUUCCGGUGAAAUUUCAACAACGGCAUCAGUAUUAGUUGUACAGAAAUAUCGAAGCGAGUUGCCUCAAGAAUCACUUAGGUCUUUGAGGGUUGGAGAUUCAUCAAGGGUUGGAGAUUCAGCAAAAGGAGAUGAUGAUGAUGAUGAAGAAGAAACUGAAAUUUAAUUUUUCUUGCAAAGAGUGGUAAAUAAGGUAUUAACCAAAUAACAGAAAGUUAUUUAUGUACAUAUGUUCCUUAUUUCCUCUAGAUCGUUUAUUCCUGGGUGGGAUUGUUGUAACGUAAAGCAUAUAUAUUCAAAUUAAUUAAAAGUUCUUUUUUACUUAUCAUUUAUGUAAUUUGAGGCAAUGUAACUGAUC